AUGUGGGCAGGAUUUGUGCUGUGCCUGGACCUUGGAUUGCGGGGGGCCCUCAGUGCUGUCCUGGCACUGAGCUGCAUGUGGAGGGCCCAAAGUCUCCUUUCUGUGGCUGUUUCUCCACUGCUGCCACGUGACCCUGGUGUUUCCAUUCGCCUUGAUACUUGGUCGGACCUGCUGGAGGUGUUAUUGAAGGGGAUGGCGGAAGGCCCAGAGUUUAAGGUGGUUCUUCACCUGGAGCUGAUGCUGAUGUCCCUGUACAAUGUAAGCAUCAAUUUGAAAGGCCUGAAAUACAUCAGCGAGAGUCCAGGAUUCAUCCCGUUGCUGUGGUGGCUUUUGAGUGACCCUGAUGCAGAGGUGUGCCUUCAUGUACUGAGGCUUGUCCAGUCCGUGGUUCUGGAACCUGAAGUCUUCUCCAAGUCGGCCUCUGAGUUCCGGAGCUCCCUGCCCCUGCAACGCAUCCUGGCAAUGUCCAAGAGCCGCAACCCCCGCCUGCAAACCGCAGCCCAGGAGCUCCUGGAAGAUCUCCGCACUCUGCAGCAUAAUGUGUAGGUGUGCUCGGCCACCAGGGUUCUGGUGAAAAUGCCGGUGUCCCUUCUCCUCCCCAGAUCCCUCAUUUGAUACUGCAAAACUGUCACCACGUGUCAUGUGUUAGAGUUGGCAAAAUGUGAUUGACUAGAGAUGGACCUGAAUUGAUAAGUAUUCCACAUAACUUGCCUUGGCAGUGAGAGUACUUGGAGGUGGUUGGUUAAGCUUGCCAAGGAAGAGGCCAUGAAAGAACCUGUCCUUCCAGAAAAGUGGUCCAUGUCUGUGCUGGCUGGAAGAGGGCUUGCUUAGGGCAGUUUCUUGCUGCUCAAAAGACCAUGACCGAUAGGUUCACCUAUAAAACAGGGAAAUUAAAUAA